GACAGAGGGAGGGAGGGAGGGAGACUGGCCCAAGGUUUCCCGCCCCGAAACUUGAGGGAAGCCCAGCCUGAUGGCGAGCAAGUCCCGGCCCUUGCCCUUGGCUCCCCCGCUUUGAGGGCUCUUUUUAACACCCAGGAAAGUUGGGAAGCGGUCCCUCUGGCUCAAGGGAGCCUCUUCCUCGGCUUCCAAGAGAAGAAGAAGAAGAAAGAGGAGGAGGAGAAGAGGAAGGGGAUGGAAAGAGAGUUGAAGAAGCCUGGAGGAGAGGGGGAAUAGUGCCCAGAUCUCUUUCUUCUCCUCCUCCUCCUCCUCCUUUUAGGCGUUGUGGCUACAACUCUUUGGCUGUUUUGGUCACUUUUGUCUUCCUGAGAAAGUAGCCCAGAGGAGGAGGAGGCCUUGCCGCCUGGGGGGCUCCUGGCCAGGGAGUCAGGCAGGGGGCGAUGGGUGCCGGGGUCCCCUGAGGGAGGGCCGCCCCCUCGGAUGGAGCUGAUCGAGCUGAGCCCUCUGGGCAGGGAGAGGCCCCUGGACUUGACCCGGACCCCUCGCCUGGAGCGGGCCAACGCCCUGCGGAUCCCUUCCCGGCUGCUGGGCGCCCACCGGGACCCCCGCCUCCUCACCCAGCAGCCCGGCCAGGGCCACCUCUUCCGGCCCUGCGCCCACAGCCAGCCCGCCUGGUGCGACCUCUGCGGGGACUUCAUCUGGGGCGUCGCCAAGAAGCGCCUCCGAUGCAGACACCAAGCCCCCCUCAGCCCGGAUGGCCAGCAGCCGGGGAUUCAGCAGCUGGAGCUGCUGGCCGGGGGGGGGGGGAGUCGGGAGGCAGGCAGGGGAGCCGGUGGUGGCCACUAA